AUGAGGGUUUUCUUGUUGUGCCUUGUGUUCGCACUGGUGGGGCUCGGAGCUUCCCUCAGGGAGAAACAGAGUGGCAGGGGCGCAGGCUUCGAGGCCAGCAGCAAGCAUGACACGUGCGGGCAAUCCCGUACGUGGGAUCCACCCAGGGAGACAUGUGAGCCUCCUAAGAUGUGCUGUCCCUCGAAACCUAAAUGUGACCCUUGCAAGCCUUCGCCUUGUGAACCCUGCCCACCCCCAUGCCCGGAGCCUUGCCCAGAGCCUUGUCCGCAGCCUUGCAAGCCACCAUGCAAAGAAUGCGUGAAGGAAUGUAAGGUGCCUUGUCCAGAAAGCCCUAAGUGCUGCCUGGAGUGUUCUGAAGAGGAGGCUGAGCAAAAUGUUGUUCUGGCAGCAGGGAUCUUGUCUUCGUAA